UACAGGGGAGGGCAGAUCGUAUUGAAAACAACUCAACAGAUCUCCAACCGCACAUCACAACUGACGACUGAAGAAACUUGCUUUGGGUAAAUUCUGAAGUUUGAUCUGCCGUGUAGACAGCAAAACUGCGUUUUAAUGUUAGAAUAACUCAACUCGUUGCAAGUCAGCGCGCGCGUGAUGGAUCGCUUAAGUUCGCGAGAUGCAACUGUAGGCUAUAGCUUCAUAACAGUCAGUGAUGCAGUUUGCAUCUAGUUCCUCUGGUAAUGUAAACAUCUGCUUGUGCUUAAGAAAAUAAGACACUUAUGGAGUUUUCGAGCGUUAUUUUAAGUAAAAUUGCGUUGUUUUUCGGGUGCACGUUGUUGGACGACUGAUCAACAAACUUUACAACACCAUCGAAAAGUCUCAUCAUGGAGACCACAAGUCCAACCACCACAGAGAAGAAGGAGUGCAAGAGACCCACCCUGGAUGGCAGUAGUUUUACAGACCUCCCCAAAAAGCCUUCACCGACCACAGCAACUCGAGCUCCUCAUUUAUUCUCAACCUUCCACACGCCGAUCCCGAUCGACAUGCGCCACCAUGAGGGAAGGUACCAUUAUGAGCCUCACACUCUCCACCCCAUGCAUGGACCUCAUGGAUUAGCUGGCAGUCCAGUUAUCUCCGAUAUCUCUCUGAUCCGACUGUCGCCUCACGCUGCCACUACUGGAGAGUCUCCCUUCAACCCACCACAUCCGUAUGUCAACCCUCACAUGGAGCACUACCUACGAUCUUUCCACAGCAGCCCUACUCUAUCUAUGAUCUCUGCUGCACGAGGACUGAGCCCUCCUGAUGCAGUGACCCAUGAACACCUGAAGGAGAGAAGUUUGUUUGGCCUGCCUCCUCCCCCGCCUGGUGCGAACCCAUCUGAGUACUACCACCUCAUCGCCAGUCACCGCAACCCUUAUGGAGACCUGCUCAUGCAGACAGGAGCCAUGGCAGCUCAUCUCCCUGACUACAUGAGCCCAGUGGACAUGUCCCGUUUCCCAAGUCCUAGACUGACGCCGAGGGUGAACAGGAAGCGAGCUCUGUCUAUCUCUCCGGUCUCGGAUGCCAGCAUCGACCUACAGACCAUGAUCCGUACCUCACCCAACUCUCUGGUGGCCUACAUCAAUAACUCCCGUUCCAGCUCAGCCUCCAGCAGCUCUUAUGGUCACCUCUCUGUCGGGGCCAUCAGUCCGUCCUUUGCUUUCCCACAUCCUAUCACAUCGGUUCCAUACCCCCAGCUGCUGUCCCAACAAAGGGGUCUGAAUGCUUUUGGCCACACUCCCCCUCUCCUACAGCCUUCUCCCUCACUUUGCAGUAGGCAGCAGACGCUGUUGGCAGCUGCCGCCCUGACCAACACCAAUACAGAUUCCAAACAGAAUACUGGAGGAGACUCGGCUGUCAGCAGCACGGUUAACCCCAUGAUAAUCAAGAAGUCAAAGGUGAAGACAGAAGCAGAUGGACCCCACCCCAUCUCACCAGGUUUUCAGGAUCACAUGGAGUUAAAGGAGGAACUUGACAAAGAUGAAUGCAAGCAAGAGCCUGAGGCUGUAUAUGAGACCAAUUGCCAUUGGGAAGGAUGUUCCAAAGAGUAUGAUACCCAAGACCAGCUAGUUCACCAUAUCAAUAAUGACCACAUCCAUGGAGAGAAGAAGGAGUUUGUGUGUCGCUGGGAGGAGUGCUCUCGGGAACAGAAGCCUUUCAAGGCCCAGUACAUGCUUGUGGUGCACAUGCGCCGUCACACUGGGGAGAAGCCCCAUAAGUGCACAUUUGAAGGUUGCUCAAAAGCUUAUUCUCGACUGGAAAACCUCAAAACUCACUUAAGGUCUCACACAGGGGAAAAACCUUAUGUGUGUGAGCAUGAGGGCUGCAACAAGGCCUUUUCCAAUGCUUCAGACCGGGCCAAGCACCAGAACCGCACACACUCUAAUGAGAAACCAUAUGUGUGUAAGAUCCCAGGCUGCACAAAACGCUACACAGACCCCAGCUCUCUCAGGAAACAUGUAAAGACUGUUCAUGGGCCAGAAGCACAUGUCACUAAGAAGCAGCGUGGUGAUGCGCCACCUAAACCGCACCACCCUAAAGGGAACGGGGAAAACGAAGCCAACACAAAACAUGCUAGGGGAAGAACAGAGGGGUCAGUAGAGGUCAACAGCACCACUCGUCACUGCCAGCAUGUCAAGUCUAUCAAGACGGAAAACACAGUGUUGUAUCAGUCCAGCCCUGGUGGUCAGUCGUCAUGUAGCAGUGAGCCAUCGCCACUUGGCAGUGCCACCAACAAUGACAGCGGAGUAGAGAUGGCCAUGCACAGUGGAGGCAGUUUGGGGGACCUGAGUGCUUUAGAUGACACUCCUGUUGUUGAUUCUACCGGUUCUCUGGGUACUUCUGCAGGAGUUGGUCUCCAGCUGCGUAAAAUCAGGGGAGGUCUUCUACAUCUCGAGCACAUCAAAAAGGAAAAGCUGAAAUCUGUAAGAGAUCCCUGCCCCUGGGCGAAUACAAUGCCUCAAGUCCGAAAUACCAAGCUGCCUCCAAUGCCAUCCAUCGAUUCAUUGCUGGAGACUCCAAAUAUAGGCACUCAAAUGCAUGGGCCAACAACCCUACGUUCAGGAGACUUGUCCUCGUGUGAGAUGACAAUGCUAAGUCAGCUUCAUGAGCGCAGAGACAGUUCGACCAGUACAAUGAGCUCAGCAUACACGCUCAGCCGUAGGUCCUCCGGGAUAUCACCCUGCUACUCCAGUCGUCGUUCUAGUGAGGCUUCACAAUUUGGAGUCCGCAACAACAACGUUAGCUCAGCUGACUCCUACGACCCAAUCUCCACUGAUCUGUCUCGCCGUUCCAGUGAAGCCAGCCAGUGUGGAGGUGCAGGUGGACUCCCAGGUUUACUAAAUCUCACACCGGCUCAACACUACCGUCUUAAGGCAAAAUAUGCUGCUGCCACAGGGGGAGCUCCACCCACACCUCUGCCCAACGUGGAUCGCAUGAGUCUUAGAACUAGAAUGGCCUUGUACAAUGACUCGCAGGAAAGUUCUCAUUUGCACCAUGCCCCAGCUGUAGGCAACUCAAGACGAUGUAGUGACACCAGCUAUGGUGCCCCUGGCAUGAUGCCUCAUGAAGUCCCUGCCAGUCUUCCACGACGUGCCAGUGAUCCUGUUCGUCGUACAACUCUCGACCAAUUCUCCAUCCAGAGGGUUCAACGGUUCAACAGCAUCGGUAACAUGAAUCUAUCGUGUCUGCCUGCAAUAGAUCGCCGUAUUCUCAAUUUGCAGAACAACACUUGGUCUGAUGGUAGCUUACACAAUAAUCCCUUGAUCCAAAGGCCACCAAGUAUUUCAGAGAACGUUUUAAUGGAGAAUAUGGCCACUGAUGGUGGUGAUCAGCCCGAGGAUGAUUUGGUGCUUCCAGAUGAUAUGGUGCAGUAUCUCAAUUCCCAGAAUGGUAGCUCAAAUCAUGACAAUGGUCAUACACUAGACUUCCAUGGUAAUAUGUCCUCUCAACAACAUCAAUUCUAUGGACAACGACGAAUGGCCAUGGCCACAGAUCAAAUGGUAGGUCCGCAAGGCAGCAUGAACAAGAACAGCAUGCCUGUGCAAUGGAACGAGGUCAGUUCUGGUUCUGUAGAUACAACUACAAGGCUUCCAAAGCAACAGCAGCUCAGAGGGAACCUGACAGCGGUACAGCAGAAGCAGAACUUUGGUGCUUACCAAGGCAUUGGGCCUAAUCAGCAGAUUGUACCAAUGAGCCAGAAUCUGGUGAGCCUGCAACAAGGUUAUCCACAGAGGAUCGCCCAGAGGAUGAACUCUGUCCAGCAGUAUCGGCAAGCAGUUGCCAAUCCAUGUCAAAAUCUCAGUGAACAAAUGGACCCUCAACAGGGUUACAGGCAGGACCUCAAUUGCAACUCUUCAUCAGUAAAUGCUAGUCAGCGCCUAACUUGUAAUGGAAUGGGUGUGCCCAAUGGGAGAGCAGUGACAUGGCACAACCAAGAUGUGCAGACUUACCGAAACUUUGCACACAUCAAUAAAGUUAAUCAGCAAAAUAAUGUGCCAUUUUCUCAGACAGCCGUUCAAAAUGUAGGCAGAGGACUGAUACAGCCCAGACCUCCAUCUGGGCCCAAAGCUUUGAACAGGCAACACGCAGGGUCAUGUGUGGUCCAGCAAAAUGAAUCCUCUCUGUCUGGGUUUGGCACCUCAGAAGCGAGCCCAAAGAGACCAGGUGACAUAGGUCAACAUAAUAACAAGGACGGCAGCAUUUUGUACUAUUCAGGUGAGAUCCAAAUGUUGGACACCAAUAUGGAUUACAUUACUCCAUGCACAAAUCAAGCCCCUGUUGCUUCAGUGCCUACAUUGAUGGCAUCUCCUGGGGUUAAUCAGGUCACCAGCACAGUGGAUUCUUCUCAAACACUCGAACACACUCAAAUAGACUUUGAUGCCAUUAUGGAUGAUGGAGACCAUUCAAGCCUAAUGUCUGGCACAUUAAGCCCUGGACUUCUACAGAGUCUCUCGCAGAAUUCCUCACGACUUACCACCCCACGUAACUCUGUUACACUGGCCUCAGUACCAGCAGGUAUUGGCAACAUGGCCAUUGGUGACAUGAGCUCAAUGCUAACUGCCCUUGCAGAGGAAAGCAAAUUCUUAAACAUGAUGGCUUGAGAAUUAAAGACAAAAAAGGUAUUGAACAAUAAACCACGAAGAAAAGAAUAUGUUAAAGAACACUAAAUUGUACUAAGGUACUUUAAGGGGAGAAAAACUUGUUUAUGCAUUUUUUCAUGAGCAAAGGCACUGAUGUACAAUAUAUUAUAUUGUAAGCUUUUCAGGUGCAGCAUUUCAGGUGAACAUUGUCAAAGACUAGCAUUAAAAUGCAUAAUCAAACAUUCGCUGUUUUAUACAACUAGAUUGUACCUGUAAUUGGUAAAGACCUCAAAGUGACAUGUAGCUAUAUCACAAAGCCAUAUGUUGUACGUUAGUUUGUUUGUUACUGCAUAAAGGUGUGCAUUGGGUAAUGGAUAUUGGGCUAUUGUAAGUCUGAUUCCCCUUUUCUCAGCAGUGCACUGAAAUUCACUAAGUGCCUCAUUUAAAAGAAUAGAAGUAAGAUUUUAAACUCAUAUAAUCUGGUAUUUAGCUAUACUUAUAGUUAUGAAUAUUUCUUGCAUUUUGCUCUGUUUUGUUUAUAGUUAUGACAUAACCUUCAUAUUUUAAAUUGUGUAUUCAUAUUAACUGCAUAAGCUUAAUUCUUUAAUAAUUUACAAUGCUCUGAUGUACCCCCUUGUCAUUUCUAAGGCAUAUUAAAGUAGGAAUUCGCUCAAAAAGGAAUAAUGUCAUAUUUUACUCACCCUCAUGUAGUUCCAAACUUGUAUAACUUUUUCACAUGCGGAACAAAAAGUUAAAUGUGAAAGUUUCACUUUCUUUCUCUUGUGAAUGUGCAACAGAUUUAAAAAAGAAAAAAAAACUUGAAUUUCGUGUGUGUGUGUCGUGUGUGUGUGUGUUCUACAUCAGAAAGUCAUAUUGGUUUGUGCAACAUUAGGGUGAAUAAGUGUAACACAUUUCUCAGUUUUGGGUGAACUAUCCCUUUAAGAGAAACUGGUUUAAAAAAAAUCUGCCCAAUUCCAAGGAGAUGGUCAGUUUCAUCUAUAUUGUCAGAUUCCUUCAAAGCACCCUCCAGGAGUUCCACAUCUCUGUAGUUGCAUCUCAUCUGCCUAUGUGUGGGUGAAGGACAGCAUUACAUCUCUGCGCUUGAGUUUGCGGAGGCCUGUCAACCGUUAUGUCCCUUUGAGAUAUCUUUAAAGGAAUAUGCAAGUACUCUCUGUGCUCUCAGCAUAGAUCGCAUUCCAAUUAACAGGUUCAUCACCCUCUCGAGCUUGUGAUAAACCACAGGCGCAUACUAAAAUGACUUCUGCCUUUGAUUUAGCAACAUUACAAGAUAGUCCCACCAAGGUCAGAGCGAUAACGGUUUUCUGAAGGUCUGAAUUAUAUG